GGCUUCGAGCUUCCGAAACCCCCCCAUGAUGCAUAAAAAUUGCCAUGGUGAUGUAUGUUUGCAUGUCGACUAGAUGCAAGGCGUCCACGAUCAAUCUCGCGCGCGUUAAUGGUUUUCAAGAACGUCGUGCCUCUCAUGAUCAGUGUGAGGAUUGUUUUUGUGGAGGAUUUGUUGUUGGUUUGAAGAGGAGCAGGCAGUUUUUGCAGGGCUUUGGCUAGGUUUUGGUAAGCUUUGGAGAGGUUUGGGCGAUGGCUGGGGGAAGGAGAGGAGCGGCUGCGAAGGAAGAGGAGGUGAAGAUGGAAACAGAAGCUGGGGAGGAGGAAGAUCCCGAGGAGAUAGCGGCAAUAGAGGAAGCAGCAGCGGAGGUUGGAGAUGAGGAUGUGCCGAUGGCAGACGGGUCAGGGGAGGAAAGUGAGGAUGAGGAGGAGGAAGCGGAGGGUGGGACGAAGAAAGAUAUUGCGAAGCGAGAGCGGCAGCGUUUGCACGAAUUGAAGAAGCGGAAGAAGGCGGAGGUGGAUCAAUUUCUUGCGGAGCAGAAUAAAUUGGUAGAUAGCGACAUGAAUACGAAAGCUAAGGGCAGGUUGAAGUUUCUGCUCCAGCAGACGGAAAUUUUCGCUCACUUUGCUAAUGGGCCGCAGUCUGCCAAGGACGCGAAGAAGGCAAGUAAGGGGCGGCAUGGAAGUAAGUUGACGGAGGAGGAGGAAGAUAAGGAGUAUUUGAAGGAGGAUGAUGAGGAUGUUGGGGCUGCACGGGGGACACGGUUGCUGGUGCAACCUUCGUGCAUCAAUGGUAAGAUGCGUGAGUAUCAGCUUGCUGGGUUGAAUUGGCUCAUUCGGUUGUAUGAAAAUGGCGUGAAUGGCAUCCUUGCCGAUGAGAUGGGGCUCGGGAAGACGCUGCAGACCAUUUCACUGCUUGCAUAUUUGCAUGAAUAUUGUGGUAUAUCGGGUCCGCACAUGGUGGUUGCGCCGAAGUCGACCUUGGGUAAUUGGAUGAACGAGAUUCGGAGAUUUUGUCCUGUGCUGCGGGCGUUUAAGUUUCAUGGCAACCAAGAAGAGCGGAACUAUCAGAGGGACGAGCUGCUUGUUGCAGGAAAAUUUGAUAUUUGUGUGACAAGUUUUGAGAUGGCUAUCAAGGAGAGGACUGCGCUGAGAAAGUUCAGUUGGCGGUAUAUUAUUAUUGAUGAAGCACACCGUAUCAAGAAUGAGUCCUCCAUUCUGGCCAAGACCAUGCGUCUUUUCAGCACGAAUUACCGGCUUCUAAUUACUGGAACUCCACUUCAGAAUAAUCUUCAUGAACUCUGGGCUCUUCUGAAUUUUCUUCUCCCAGAAAUUUUUAGCUCGGCCGAAACAUUUGAUGAGUGGUUCCAGAUAUCAGGCGAAAACGACCAGCAUGAAGUUGUUCAACAGUUGCACAAGGUGUUAAGACCUUUCUUACUGCGGCGUCUCAAAUCUGAUGUGGAAAGGGGUUUGCCUCCCAAGAAAGAAACCAUUCUAAAGGUGGGCAUGUCAACUCUCCAGAAGCAGUACUACCGGGCUCUCUUGCAGAAAGACAUGGAUGCUAUCAACACUGGUGGUGAAAGAAAGAGGCUUCUUAACAUUGCCAUGCAGCUUCGGAAGUGCUGUAAUCAUCCUUAUCUUUUCGAGGGAGCUGAGCCGGGGCCGCCCUACACCACAGGGGAGCACUUGGUCGAAACCGCGGGGAAGAUGGUGCUUUUAGACAAACUGCUGCCCAAGCUGAAGCAGCGACAAUCUCGCGUUCUGAUUUUCUCUCAGAUGACUCGGCUCUUGGAUAUUCUUGAAGACUAUUGCCAAUUUCGUUCUUAUCAAUAUUGUCGGAUUGAUGGUAACACCAGCGGUGAUGAUCGAGAGAGUUCGAUAGAUCAGUUCAAUGCUCCCAACAGUGAGAAGUUUUGUUUCUUGUUGUCUACAAGGGCAGGAGGAUUGGGGAUCAAUUUGGCAACCGCAGACAUUGUCAUCCUGUAUGACAGUGAUUGGAAUCCACAAGUUGACUUGCAGGCUCAGGAUCGUGCACAUCGUAUCGGUCAGAAGAAAGAAGUGCAGGUCUUCAGGUUUUGCACGGAGUUUACAAUUGAGGAGAAGGUAAUAGAACGGGCAUACAAGAAAUUGGCCCUAGACGCCCUCGUCAUUCAACAGGGACGUCUGGCUGAGCAGAAAGCAGUUAACAAAGAUGAGUUGCUGCAAAUGGUUCGUUAUGGAGCUGAGAAGGUUUUCAGUUCUGGUGAUAGCACGAUUACUGAUGAAGAUAUCGACCGUAUUAUAGCAAAAGGAGAAGAAGCAACUGCAGAACUUGAUCAAAAGAUGAAGAAGUUUACAGAUGAUGCUAUUAAGUUUAAGAUGGACGAUACGGCUGGUCUUUAUGAUUUUGAUGAUGCAGAUGAUAAGGAAGAUGGUAAGAGUGACUUUAAAAAGAUCAUAGCUGAUAAUUGGAUAGAGCCUCCGAAGCGGGAACGGAAGCGGAAUUACUCGGAAUCUGAUUACUUCAAACAGGCAAUGCGAGCCGGACCUGUGCCUAAGCCCAGAGAGCCACGCAUACCUCGAAUGCCUCAAUUGCACGAUUUUCAGUUCUUUAAUACGCAGCGACUUACAGAGCUUUUUGAGAAAGAAGUAAAGCAGCUUUUACAGGCUAAAGCAGCAGGGACUGGCGAGGAUGUCAGGGUCAUCGAGGAUGUAGAGGAGGGUCUUACGGAAAAGGAACAGGAGGAGAAAGAGCAGCUACUCUCGGAUGGUUUUCAAAAUUGGUCCCGACGUGAUUUUGUUGCCUUCGUGCGAGCAUGUGAGAAAUAUGGACGUUAUGAUUUGAAAAGUAUUGCGAGUGAAAUUGACGGUAAAGCAGAGGAGGAUGUGGAAAAGUAUUCUAAGGUGUUCUGGAGUCGGUACAACACUUUGAAUGAUCAUGAAAGGAUUAUAAAGAAUAUAGAGAGAGGAGAGGCUCGUAUUUCUCGUAAGGAUGAAAUCAUGAAGUCCGUGAGUAAGAAGCUGGACCGGUAUCGAAACCCUUGGUUGGAACUUAAGAUUCAGUAUGGACAGAACAAGGGGAAACUCUACAGUGAGGAGUGCGAUCGGUUUCUGUUAUGCUCUGUACACAGAUUGGGUUACGGUAACUGGGAGGAACUUAAGGCAGCAGUGCAUGCAUCUCCUGUGUUUCGUUUCGACUGGUUUGUGAAGUCUCGGACACCGUCGGAAUUGGCUAGGAGGUGCGAUACUCUGAUUCGGCUUGUAGAGAGAGAAAAUCAGGAGCUUGACCAGCGGGAGCGACAGGCACGUAAAGAUCAAAAGAAGAUGAACAAGAGUAGUCCUUCUCCUGGUAGAAGAGGAUGGGCUAACUCGCCCAGCCUAGAGGAGGUGCAGGGUAAUAGUAAGAAACGCAAAUAGGCAAGUCCUGAACUCAAUACUUGACGUGCGGGUUACUGUCUUAGUUUCUAGUCGAAACUCAAAAAGUAUGCAAGACAUUCUCAGAGUUUUGCCGGAGGGAACAGUGAUUUUGAUCGCAAUCAUGUCGAGUGUAGAGAUCUCAGUUAUCGUGCGCAAUGAUGUUCAUAGAACCUCUGGAAUGAUUCAGGGUUGAAUGAGCAUCUUUCUUUUUGGCGUUGACUUCAAGGUCACCUCAUAGGUGCUCUAUGUGGGAUAUGCUGUGUGCUUGACAGCGCCUGGAUUCUCUAGUUUUAGGUUUUUAAUACUUGAUUUUUCCCAAUUUUCCUAUUGUACAGCAGGAAAGACAGUAUCGAAAGCUUGAGACAGGACCCAAAGUGUAUCGAGGAGCUAAAAAUGACUGGUUCCCUGCGCCUAUGCAAAGACUCAGGUUUUCCCAGCUCAGCUGUCAAAUUUAAAUUGAAAGCUGCUUUAAAUCUCCAGCGUAGGCCUGCUGUUUCAAUUGAUUUCAGCUAGUGACAGCGGCUAUCCAUAAUGUAGCAUCAUUCCAUAGGUCGUACUUUUUAUUGGGAGGAUCUCUCUUGCAUACAAGCUUGAAUUCUUGUAAUUUAGAUUCACCCCUGCGUGUUCUCUUCCUGAUGAUCAUACAGAAAGCAGGUUGGUAGACAUCGGACUAACCAGAGAGGCCAACAGCAGAUACAGCUGAGGUCGACUUGUAGGGAUAUGGUUUCUUCUUUGCCCUGUCAACUGACUUUUGGCAAAAACUAAAUUGCUCCUGGAGAACGGAUAGUCGUGUUUUGACGGUUGGAACAUUUGCAUCAUUUUUCACUGUGAAUGUGUAAAGGUUUGGAAUGGUUAGAAUCCUUAAGUUAUCUAAGUACAAAUUGUUAAGAUAAUAGUUUCUCUGUACUCAUCAUCAUGGCUUUCCUUUUAUUUUUUGAUUUUUUCAGGAGAACAUGUCUUUAUAGUACUGGAAACUGAAUAUAACGAUAGUAUAUCAUGAUGUCAAGAGAUGAACAGUUAAAUUUUUUGUUGAGAUGAACCGGUUCAAACAUACUAUUGUUGAAAAGCU